CCUAGUAUGUUCGCGACUGAGGCGUCCAUUGUUGGAUGAGGAAGAAGAAACUUUGACUGAGAGCACUCGGAGAAUUUGAAUUGUUAUUCAAGAUAACCAGAAGGGAAUUCUCUGGUUAAUGACUUGUUGAAAAGACAAGAGAAGAAGACUACAGGGACUGUGAAGAUACAUUUAUGAAGCAAAAUUGCCCACUAAUGCGUUUAUCAAAUAGAAUUAAAGACAGUAGGUUAAAUGACAAAAACGAGAUAAAGAUGGAGAAAGGAGGUACAGUUGGACCAUCAGCAGGCAGUUCUGGAGCCUCUGGUGGUGAUGAGAGGGAUUCCAACAGCAACCUCAGCUCUGGACAUGCUAAAAGAGAUGCCAGUGGUGAUGAGAAGGCAUCUGAGUUGGCCAGACUUUUAGCAGAGUUUAAGCUAGAUAAUCAGCUUUUGCUUGAACAAAAACCAUUAAGAGGGAGCAGCAAUUCUUCACACGGGAAUUCAGUUGAUGAAUUAUCCCCAAAAAGGGAGUUUGAAAGGCGAAGAGCCAGCCUUCCCUCCAACUCUCCACAAGAACAACAUCCUGGAACUUUGCGGCAUCAAACAAGCGAGCCUCUUCUACAUCAAAUGAAUCAAAAUAGGGAACUAAAAUUAAACGAUCCACUGACGACAUCUGUGCUGAAUAAUCUGGAGCUUCUGGAAGGACUGGGAAACUGUUUGGACAAACAGUAUAAGUGCGGUGAAAUAAAAUGUUGGAAACAUCUUUGCGAACAUUUUGGAGUGGAAGCAAAAACCUAUGAAGACUUCACUCGCAGUCAAGAACGCAGUCCCACAGAAGAUUUAUUUGACUUUCUAAAGACACAGGAACCUAAGGAAUUCACUAUCGGCAAGUUGAAGGAUAAGCUGAGUUCCAUUGAAAGGCAAGACGUGCAGGGUAUUCUUUUGGAGUUCGAUGAUGAGACUCAAGUGGGCAGCCUGUUUGACAGUCAUCCACAAGUUAUUGCAAACAUGGCUUUUUUGCUGGACAAAGAGGAGAAGCCAGGUAAACGGAACUGGAAGCAUUUAGCUGAUAUGUAUGGCGUGCCACGAAGUGAAUCGGAGAGUUUUGGAGAAUCUAUGGAUGAAAACCCAACAGAACGGUUGUUUGAGUACCUCCGCGUCAAAAAACCUCGUUUAACCACCGGGGAGGUAAAAAGACAUCUGAAAAUUCUCAAAAUGCAAGAUGUGCUGGAUGUGUUAGCAGAAAGCAAGAAAGUGAAAGACAACUCUCCACUGAAAGCCUUAUGGGAGGAUCUAGAGAUAGCAGCACGUGUCUGCAACCUUCUAAAUAAGAAGCAUACCAGUAGGAUACGUUGCUGGAGGCAUUUGGGAAACAAACUUGGCGUCAGAAAGGAUACGUUGGAUACGUUUUCAAACGAAGGAGAAAUGAUAAGCCCUACGGAAGUCCUUAUCCGUCAUCUGGGUGCUGCUAGACCCAGUUUGGUCAUGGCUGACUUAAUUUGGGCCCUGGAGAGAAUUGGGAGAACUGAUACUUUUUCUGUAGUCGAGGUUUACUUUCCAGGUUAGUAAACAAAGUGUUACAAAAUGAAUGCUUGUUAGUUUGGUGUUUCUCAAGACGCACUUGAACGAUUGUGCUGAAAGGUAUAUAUCGUUCACAUUGUGAAUUAAGUAACUCACAUGUAGCUUAAUCGUGCUUCUCAUCCCUUGCUUGAUCUAAAUAUCGAGACCACGACCGAGAUUGCUUUGUCCAGUUCAUUAAGGCUGGUUCUCACUAGCGCCCAAGCAUAAGCAACAUACGCAGGUGCACAAGGUAUCCGCUGACCGGUAUCACGUGACGCAGUCCAAUUAAUUAGGUAAAUACUUGUCUUUGAUAAAAGCGAGCUCCACAGUAAUGUGCUGUUAUUUUUUUUCGCGCGAAUGAUGUAAACACGUCACUUGAUAAGCUAAAGCUGGGAAAUGUCUGAUGAUGUCUUAACAUGACGUUCCUCGGUUUUCUAAAUUUGCGUUUUUAUGUUCUCGCGUUCAGUUUUCAGGGCAAUUAAAUUGUUACAUUUGAAGAAAGUCUUGCCAAUUUACCUUUGAACGCUGACAGAAUUGUUGGAAGGGUAACAGCUUCUAUUGGAAAAGUCUUUGAAGGACAAUGAACACAACUUCCAUUCAGCUCAAAAGAUAAUAUGAAGGGAUAUUUGUCCUUGGAUAUUGUCUGUUCCUCAAAGCUCUCUCGGAGAACUCUUCUGUUCUUGCAGCAGAUAAAAUAAAUAACUUUGUUAUUUUACCAAGCUUCUAGACAGCCUACAAGGCUUACUAAUCGGGAACAUGCACUAGAUUGAAUUGGAACUUGAAGUGUUGUCUGGGGGGGCGGAACCUUUAGAGCAAGGACAGGAACCAACAACAAAGUCCACCCAAAUAUGACGCUGGGUUAAUGAAUCGGAUCGGAACCACAUUAGUGGGAGGCCAGCAUUCUCAUCACUGCGACUCUUGUUUUACCCUAGUAAUGACUUAUUCUAUACGUCAUUACAUACAUACAUUACUUUAUUUACCCUCGGAUUUCAGAGUAGCUUAUGCAGCUAAUAUCUCCGAGCAUUUAACCAUCAGAUGAGAGAUAGCAAACUGGU